CACUCUUCUGUUAUAACGAGUUCUGAUGGCUGGGAAUAAAGGAAGAGGACGUGCUGCUUAUACCUUUAAUAUUGAGGCGGUUGGAUUUAGCAAAGGUGAAAAGUUACCUGAUGUAGUAUUGAAACCACCCCCACUAUUUCCUGAUAUAGAUUAUAAGCCAGUGCCACUAAAAACAGGAGAAGGUGAAGAUUAUAUACUGGCCUUGAAACAGGAGUUGAGAGAAACAAUGAAAAGAAUGCCUUCUUUUAUUGACACACCUGAAGAAAAACAAGAUAUUGAACGAUAUAGUAAAAGAUAUAUGAAGUUACACAAAGAAGAAUGGAUACCAGAUUGGAGAAGACUCCCAAGAGAGUUGAUGCCAAGGAAAAAAUGCAAAAAAGCAGGCCCAAAAUCCAAAAAAGCAAAAGAUACAGGCAAAGGUACUUCACUCACUAAUACUGCAGAUGUGUUGGAAAAAAUUGAGGAAUUGGAAAAGAGAGGUGAUGGUGAAAAAUCAGAUGAGGAAAAUGAAGAGAAAGAAGGAAGCAAAGAGAAAGGUAAAGAAGGCGAUGAUGAUGACGAUAAUGAUGCUGCCGAACAGGAGGACUAUGAUGAAGAAGAGCAAGAAGAGGAAAAUGACUACAUUAAUUCAUACUUUGAAGAUGGAGAUGAUUUUGGUGCAGACAGUGAUGACAACAUGGAUGAAGCAACCUAUUAGCUGUGAAAUUUCUCAAAAAAAAGAUUUUUGUGAUAGUUUGUGAACAUUUGGACAGACUUGUUUUCUAUUUUAUUUCUGAUAAGGAAUGAGUAAGUAUUUUAUUUUUAUUUCUGUUUAGUCGGACAAAUACUUGUUACCAAAAUAUUCAGAACCACUUUGAGUUUACA